AUGAGCGCACCGCAGAGCCCCUCGAGGGACGCCUCUCAGUCGCCAGCACCGGCAACCGCCUCGCCUCGCAACCCUCGCAAGCGCUCGCCCGCGUCGCGCUCCCCCUCGCCCCCAGCUCGGCGGGCUCGCCCCGCUUCGCCUCCUCCUCCUCCUCCUCCCGCCGCCGACCCCGCCAGCUCCCUCCCGCGCAUCCACGACAAUGACCCGCACCGCCGCCGCGAGCGAGAGCGCCAGAUGCUCGCCCUCCAGCAAGACCCCACCGACGACCACCUCGUCAUCAAGCCCCGUGUCGACCCGGCCCUCGAGGCCAAGCGCAUGGCCAACACGCGCGCCGGCGGCGCCUACAUCCCGCCCCACCGCCUGCGCGCCAUGAUGGCCGAGCAGGGCCAGCAAGACGACGCGUCCGACGAGUACCAGCGCUUGACGUGGGACGCCCUCCGCAAGAGCAUCAACGGCCUCGUCAACAAGGUCAACACGGCCAACAUCAAGCUCAUCGUCCCCGAGCUCUUUGGCGAGAACCUGAUCCGCGGCAAGGGCCUCCUCGUCCGGUCCCUCAUGCGCGCCCAGGCGUCGUCGCUCCCGUUCACGCCCAUCUUUGCGUCCUUGACGGCCAUCGUCAACACCAAGCUCCCCCAAGUCGGCGAGCUCCUCCUCCACCGGUUGAUCCACCAGUUCCGCCGCAGCUUCAAGCGCAACGACAAGCCGACCAUGACGGCGACGACCACCUUUAUCGCCCAGCUCGUCAACCAGCAGGUCGCGCACGAGGUGCUCGCGCUCCAGGUCCUCGUCCUCCUCCUCGAGCGCCCGACCGACGACAGCGUCGAGAUCGCCGUCUCGUUCAUGCGCGAGGUCGGCGCCUUUCUCGCCGAGCACUCUGCGCGCGCCAACAACGGCAUCUUUGACCGGUUCCGCACCAUCCUCAACGAGAGCGACAUCGACAAGCGCGUCCAGUACAUGGUCGAGGUCCUGUUCCAGGUUCGCAAGGACCGCUUCAAGGACAACCCCGUCAUCCCCGAAGGACUCGACCUCGUCGAGGAGGAGGACAUGAUCACGCACCGCAUCUCGCUCGACGACGAGGUCCAGGUCCAGGAAAUGCUCAACGUCUUUAAGGUCGACCCCGAGUACAAGGCCCACGAGGCGGCCUACGCCGAGAUCAAGCACGAGAUCCUCGGCUCGGACGACGAGGAGGGCUCCGGGUCUGGGUCCGAGGGCGACACGGAGCAGGGCGCGAGCGACGACGAGGGCGAGAGCGACGUCGACGACGGCAUCAAGGCCGACGGCACGGUCGACGUGCACGACCAGACGGGCGCCAACGUCGUCAACCUGCGCAGGACCAUCUACCUCACCAUCAUGUCGGCGCUCGACUUUGAGGAGGCGACGCACAAGCUGCUCAAGCUCGACAUUGCCGACGGCCAGGAGAGCGAGCUGUGCAACAUGGUCAUCGAGUGCUGCUCGCAGGAGCGCACCUUCAGCAAGUUCUACGGCCUCAUGGGCGAGCGCUUCUGCAAGCUGCACCAGAAGUGGGCCAUGGCGUUCGAGCAGUGCUUCGCGACCUACUACCAGACGAUCCACCGGUACGAGACGAACCGGCUGCGCAACAUUGCGCGGUUCUUUGGCCACCUCGUCAUGACGGACGCCCUGUCGUGGACCGUGUUCGAGUCGGUCAAGAUGACCGAGGACGACACGACGUCGUCGUCGCGCAUCUUUGUCAAGAUCCUGUUCCAGGAAGUGACCGAGGGCAUGGGCCUCAAGAACCUCGUCGAGCGCUUCAAGGACCCGAGCCUCGAGCACUACCUCGCCAACAUGUUCCCGCUCAACAACCCAAAGGACACGCGCUUCUCGAUCAACUUUUUCACCUCGAUCGGGCUCGGCGCCGUCACCGAGAACAUGCGCGAGCACCUCAAGCGCGCACCGGCCCUCAUGAUGGAGCAACGUCGCCAACUCGAAGCCGCCGGCGCCACCUCGUCCGACUCGGACUCGUCGUCGUCCCUCUCGUCGUCGACCCUGUCCGAGUCGUCCGACUACUCGUCCGACGACUCGCGCCGCCGCCCCUCGUCGCGCCGCCGCGGCAGGUCCCGCUCGCGCUCGGUCGACAGCCGCGACAGCCGCAGUCGCAGCCGGACCCCGACGCGCCGCUCGGCCCGCGCGAGGUCGUACGACAGCCGCAGCCGCAGCAGGAGCCGCAGCCGCACGCCGCCGCGCAGGCGCUACUCGCCCUCGCGCUCGAGGUCCCGCUCGCGGUCGCGGUCGCGCACGCCGCCUCGCGGCGCUCGUCGCGCGCGCUCGCCGUCCCGCAGCCGCAGCCGCAGCCGCAGCCGCACCCGGCCGCCCGCCCCGCCGGCGCGCCGCAGCCGCCGCUCGCCCUCCGACUCGCGCUCGCGCUCGCGCUCGCCGCCGCCUGUGCGGCGAGAUGUCGGCGGCGGCGGCGGCCGAGGGCGCUCGCCGUCGCCGCCGCCGCGCAAUGGCGCAGGAGGAGCGGGAGGAGGAGCGGGAGGAGGAGCGGGAGGAGGAGGCAAGGCGUUCGUGCACCCGGACCGGAUGCGGUUUGCUGGGGGCGACGCAGGGGGAGGGCGGGCGCCGCCGCCGCAUCUCGCUGGAGGAGGUGGAGGCGGCGGAGGGCGAGGGGGAGGAGGAGGAGGGUACGUGCACCCGGACCGGCAGUUUGGCGGGCCACCGCCGCAGAGGGGCGGCGGGUACGGUGGUGGGUACGGCGGUGGAGGAGGGCCGCCGGGCGGCGGAGCGAGGCAGGCGCCGGCCGACGGUGGGUGGGGCAACAGGAGCGGAGGAGGGCGCUGAGUCGAGCUAAGGGACGCGCCGAGGGGCCCGUUCGAGCCAGGGGUUCUCUCUCUCUCUCUCCUUCCGUCGUAUCCUGUACAAACGAUGUGCUUGUCCUCCCC